UUGUUCCGUAUACGGCAGCAGCAACACGGAUACUCGCAGCCACCCACAUCUGUGUAUGUAUGUGUGUUUUUGUGUGUGUGUGGAUUUAAUGUUGCAGACACUCUAACCGCGCACUGCCGUGGUCAAACAUGUCCCAGUCUACUGACCUGAAAACAUUCCUGGAGUCAUCUCUGAAUGAGAUCUUCAAAGCAACAGUCAGCGACAUCCUGGACUCGGUAGACCGGACACUGUCCGAGUAUCAGGGCACAAUCCGGAGGAUCGAGUGUGAGAAUGAGGGCCUGAAGCGCCUGCUGCUCGAACACAAGAGCAGGGAGACUGCGACCAGAGAUGUACAUGAGCGUGACUCCAUGGAAAAUGCCUCAGAGUGGAACAGUCUUCCAGUUAGCUCCACCCAGGCCAUGUUCAAGAUGUCCAUAUGCAGCAGUGACAGGAAGAGCUGCAGAAGGAAGCAAAAGGACAAGAUGAGGGAGAGCGUAUCCUCUGCCUCCUUUUCUCUUCUGAGGAAUCACGUGGUAGAAGAACCAUAUGUCAACACAUCACAGGUCAGUAUUGCAUCAGAGGAAACCUUGAUAUCUGUGAAAGCAGAGCCUGGACUGGAGGAAAACAGUGCUAUUGACCUCUCCCAGCCUUCAUCUCUUCUCUGGCCAGUGAAACAUGAGAGCACAGAGGUCUCUUGUGACCAUCAGGAUCAAUAUGCACCUCUGCUGCCAUCUUCAGACCCUGAACAAGACUCCAGGGUCAGAGAUGGUGAAGUUAAAGUCACCAAUGUAUCCGACAGCUUCGUACCGGAUGGACAACUCAUUAAAACAGAGCCAGAGGAGGAUCAAAAUGGAGAAGUGCAAUACAGUGACAAUGGCACUUUCUCCAAGGACCAAUUGAAGCAGGAGUUGACAUAUUCCCUUGAAUCACACACAGAUUCAGAGGGAGUGAGCAGACAGGGUGUGGAGGAAGAAGGUGAGACAUGUAAGGAAGAGGAUUCUCCUGCUUUUCCUGCAGACGAGGUAAUGGAAAGCCAUGACAAUUUAAUUCACUCUCCCAAGUAUCCCGUUAGUCAAGAAACCUCCCUCACCAUCCUCAACAAGACCAAAGGCAGGGAAAAGAUCCACAGCUGCAGCUACUGUGGUAAACGCUUUGGUCGGUCCGACCUCCUCAAAUCCCAUAAGCGAACCCACACUGGAGAAAGACCCUAUAGCUGCAACAUCUGCACUAAAACCUAUGCCCAUCCCAGUCAGCUCAGGAUACACAAACGCAUUCACACUGGAGAGAAACCAUAUUGCUGCGCACACUGUGGUAAGCGCUUUAAUGAGCCCAACCAGCUCAAAGUCCACUUGCGGACUCACACCGGGGAAAGGCCUUACAGCUGCCAGGAGUGUGGCAAGACAUUCAGCAAUGCAGGAAACCUGCGCAUACAUGAGAGGAUCCACACAGGCGAGAAGCCAUACUGCUGCACUCAGUGUGGGAAAAGGUUCAAUGGCUUGGGUGACCUCAAAACUCAUUACAGGAUUCACACUGGAGAGAGGCCCUACAGCUGCAAGCUGUGUAAGAAGACCUUCAGCCAGACGGGCCACCUCACUAUACACAUGCGGAUGCACACAGGAGAGAGACCUUACAGCUGCAACGAGUGUGGCAAGAAGUUUACAGUGGCAAGCAGCCUUAAGCUGCACCAGAGGACUCACACAGGAGAGAAGGAGUACAGCUGCUCAUACUGCAGCAAGAGCUUCAGCAGGUCGGGGCAUUUGAAGAGACACGAGCUGGUCCACACCAAAAAAAAAGUCUUCCUCUGCAGCCACUGUGGAAAGAGCUACACAGACCAGUCUUCUCUCAAAAAGCAUUUGAAGGUGCACGCAGCCGAGGAGCUAAAGGCUCAGAGCGAGCGAAGCGCAGUCCAACCUCCAGCAUCUGGGACACUCUGACACUGACAGAAAUUUUAGCAGUUAAAUCAAAAAGAAGCUGCGGUUCAGAACGUACCUGCUUUUUAAAGCUUUGGACCACAUCUAGUAAACAUAUUCAAGUCUCCAGGCUCCAGCACAUAUGAUGCAUUUUCCCUGCUGGGGUCACUGUAGCCUCAUGUAUACCUAUGAAUAUUGUAUUUCUGCUAUGAACUGUGUGAUCCUCUUGACAGAAGAAAAAAUAGUUGUUGUGAUAACUAUGAGGAGUUGUGAGAUCCUGUCUGAGAGUAUUACACAUUUUGGUGCAGUGGUUUGGCAUCCAAAAAACAUUUUACACUUUAAAAUCCAUUCAUCUACUAUUCAGUCUGGACCUCAUGCAUCAUGUUUUAUUGUCUCAUGUAUUUAUAACAAUACACCUCCACCUGUGCUGAAUUUAUCAUAUCAUAUUUAGCAAUACUGUAAAAGUUAAUACUUGUUUUACAUUUUGGUAGAAAAUGGGGCCCUAAAAUAACUUGGUAAUUUGCUGUGUUACCAAAACGUUGGUAGAGUAUUUGUUUAUAAAAUGCUGCUUGGUUAUGGCAAAGUGUGUUAACACACCUUGCUGAAAGUUUGAGUGCAAAAUAAUAAAGUUUUAGAAGAUUCUUAAUGGAUAAAGACUGAGAAUUACGGCAACUGUGACUAUAAUGCUGUAUAAAGCUUUAACGGUCGGGUCUGAUCUACUGUUUCUAAUGUGAAUGUGAGUAUUCACUAUUGAUUGACCAGCUCUCGAUCCUAAAUGCAUUGUUUUUAAGCCACCUUCACAAAAUAAUAUCAACUUCUAGUUGUUUAGCUUUAGGCUUUUCUUAUGAAUGGUGUACAACAGACACAUGCAGGAGUGACGCAUCUCAUCCACAAUCAUAAGGCUACUUUUUGCAUAGCAAUGUAUAUUAAACUGAGUGUUUGCUACUAGGAACUUAUUGUAUGUUACUUUUGUGUGAUUUGUGUCUAAAUUAAAGAGAACAUAUAAUC